AUGGCCUGGAAAGGGAAAGGCGACGCCUGGGGCGGCUGGGGUGGCGACAGCUGGGGCCCUGCUGGCGGCGGCGGCUGGGGCCCUGUCGGAGGCGGCGACAGCUGGGCGAAGGGGAAGGGCGGCGGCGGCUGGGGCCCGAUCGGAGCCGGGCCGGGCGGCGGCUGGGGCGGAGGCUCCGCAGGUAGCAAGGGCUGGGCCGGCAGGCUCGGGCCCGCGGGCGGCGCGGACGCCGCCUGGGGCGGCGGCCAGAGCUGGGACGGCGCCGGUGAGUCCUGGGGUGACGACUGGGACGAGGAGACUCAGCAGCAGUCGCCCCACGUCGUCCGGCCCCCUGUUCGCCCGUUGGUGGCGCCGCAGUCCAGCGCGAUGCAGUACCAGGACCAGAUGAGAGAUUCCAUCAUCAGGCACAACAGCAUGGCGCAGCCGGCGAACGACUACUCGCAGCCGCCCAUGGCGAACGCUUUCGCGACCAGGACCAAGUCGUUCUUGGACUUCGACGCCAAGGGAAUCUGGGUUUCGCGAAUUGCCACCUAG